AUGGCUCUCACUACAGGUCCCGAAUCUCUGACCAGGGGCUUCAGCAGACGAGAACCCGAGUGUCGAAAGAUGCUAGACGGCAUCAAAAUGGAGGAGCACCCGUUACAUUCAGGUCCUGCUACCUUGGGAAUGCUACUGGGUUCUGACUGUAAACAUAAAGAAGUAUGCGACGGUUGUCAAAGACCUAUCGAGGAUCGCUUUCUGAUGAGAGUGAAUGAAGCCUCUUGGCACGAACAUUGUCUGCAGUGUACCGUGUGUCAUCAGCCUCUCACCAGGAGCUGCUAUUACCGAGACAGGAAACUUUACUGCAAACAAGACUAUGAACAAUUGUUUGCCACAAAAUGCAAUGGCUGCAUGGAGAAGAUAGCACCGACAGAAUUUGUGAUGCGAGCUUUAGAAUGUGUUUACCACCUGAGCUGUUUUUGUUGCUGUGUUUGCGAAAGACAACUGAGGAAAGGCGACGAGUACGUUUUGAAAGAGGGGCAGCUGCUUUGCAAAAGUGACUAUGAGAAAGAAAAAGAACUGCUGAGCUCUGUUAGCCCUGAUGAUUCUGACUCAGUGAAGAGUGAUGAUGAAGAUCUUGACAUUAAGCCAAAUAAAGUUCAGGGAAUUCAGGGAAAGGCUUGUGAAGACACCAAGGAUCAGAGACGACCAAAGCGUCCUCGGACAAUUCUUACAACACAGCAAAGGAGAGCAUUUAAAGCGUCAUUUGAAGUUUCUUCCAAACCAUGCAGAAAGGUCAGAGAGACACUCGCAGCAGAAACGGGGCUCAGUGUCAGAGUAGUUCAAGUGUGGUUCCAGAAUCAAAGAGCCAAGAUGAAAAAGUUGGCCCGAAGACAACAGCAGCAACAAGAACAACAGAACGGUCAGCGGCUUGGACAAGGUAGCCAUCUGAGAAUGGGGCUGGUGGGGGGAGAAGUUAUGUCAAGUAGAAUGGAUGGGAUGAUAAAUUCGUACGCACCAGUUGCACCUCCACAGCAGCAACUUGUGUCCAUGGACCAAAAUGGCUACAACUCUGAUCCAUUUCAACAAGGACUCACUCCACCUCAAAUGCCAGGGGACCACAUGAAUCCAUAUGGAAAUGACUCCCUCUUCCACGAUAUCGACAGCGACACCUCCCUCACCAGCUUGAGCGACUGUUUUCUCGCCUCUUCAGAAGUUAACCCCAUGCAAGCUAGAGUGGGAAAUCCUAUCGACAGGCUGUAUUCCAUGCAGAACUCAUAUUUUGCUUCGUGA